AUGGCCUUGUCCAUGCCCAAGCCCGUCGUUAAAAAGAUUUCUUCCUCUGCUGCCUCCUCCUUGGCUCGACGUUUUGCCUGGGAGGCUUCUUCAGGAACCACUGAGUGCAGUGUCCCCGUCUUCUGGAUGAGGGAACAGCGCCAAUGUGCCGCCGCUUUCUCAGAGAACACCGAGCUGCUCAACUUUACCUUCUGCCUGGACCACGCUAUACCCUACUGGGUGGUCGCCCUUCCCGUGCUCGCGACCUGUUUCGCCAAGAUCUUCAUAUCGCGCAGACGAUCUCCUGGCACCGGAGAAAUCAUCCUGGAGAGAAACUCGGACGCCCCCGGAGAUUCGUACUCGGCAAGACUGACCAACGUGCAGGCGAAAUUCUCGGCCAAACAUUCCAAGCUACACCCGACGAGAGAGCGUAAAGAUGCCAAAAAGGGCAGUUUGGGAAAGCGUGUGUUCACACCACAAGGCUACGUGGAGCCGGAGCAGUGGGACAGCGACAUAGAGGACGGGGCAGACGUGAACACCGACGGCAAACCUCGCAGACAGAGGAUCUAUUACCUAGAAUGCCCCGAUUACAUGAUGCUCAGAGCUUCGGCUGUUACUAUUUUUGUCACUUGGCUUCUUUGGUUUCCAUGGGUGGUGGCCAGGUUUGUGUGGAAUUUCACGCCUUACGAAGAUGUGCCGGGAUGGUUCGAGGUGCUUGCAGUCGUAUGCAUGCACUUGUCUUCUUUCGCCAAACCUGUUGUCUAUACUCUCGCCAACCCAUACUUUCGGGGCGCUGUGGCAAAAACUGUCCUGUGUCGUCGAGAUAUGCGGCUCAAACCGUAGGCGAACACCCGGCGAAUGGCCGGCCGGCCGGAGGUAAAGAACCCACAGCCGCUGCCUGGGAAUUUGACGUCCGGCCAUCCGGCCUUUGAAGUUUGCAGCGCCGGGGACAACUGAACUUAUUUCAAAAUUAUAGAAAAUCACGUCGUAGAUUUAAAAAAUAAUACCAGAUUCAGAAUCAGAGUAUCAAAAUUAGGGAGAUGGCUUCCGAGUGACUUGUUUCGUUUUGUAUUAAGGAUUUUAUAUUCCAGCUCAUUUUUUUGUUUUUACGAGCUAUUGUGUACAUGUUCCACGAAAUUUACAGAUCUGCGCAAUCUAUGCGCUGCGCGAUUUUACGAUCGUAUAAAUGCGCGGCCAUCUUAAGAUUGCGCUGCGCGUUUG